AUGUGCCCACACCGCAGCUGUUUCGGCCAGUGGGGUCAAAGACAUGCUUGGGCACGAGCUUGGCGAUCCUCCCAGUGUGGGCACGCGGCACUGCGCCAGGAGAUGUACGCAUUUCCCACCUACGGGGCCUUGCCGGGCUUUGGCCAUGCGGUGUUGACACCGGCCUCUGCGGCUUCCGCGUCUUCGUAUGAAUAUCCCGGCUUUGGCUAUGGAGCUUCCAAGAAGGCCAAGCGUGAGGAGCCGGCUGCAAGUUCCAAAAAGAGCAAGACCAAGGUGGCCAAAGAGAAAGCCACAGCUCCCGCUCGAGACAGUGAUGCCAUGAACUGGCCAAAAGGACUCGUGGUCUCUGGUGGGAAAGAUAAGAUGGUCAAGAAGAUCGUACGUGGCAGUUUCAGGUUUGCUGGCGAAAACCACGGCAGGCCGUAUUACCAAAAGGAUGAGAAGUUCAAUGACUUGGACGUCCUCCUCUACUUCUGGGACGACCGGGACGGCUCCGACUUCUCCGGCUGGUGGUUCGGACCGAAGGUGGGCGGCGACCAGGUCUGGGCGUAUCAGCCCGGCGAGGACCCGACCCCGCCUGAGACCGGCUGGAAGGUGCCCUACGAUGGGCCGGUGGACAAGAGCUUCACGGUGACGGCCAAGAAGGAGAAAGCCAAGAAGGAAGGAAAGGAAGCGAAGGCAGUGAAGGGAGGAAAGGAGGGUCCUGAGAAGCCGGCGGAAGAGCCACUCCAGGCUUAUUCGAUGUGGUAUGGGAUGCCGGGGAUGCCUGGGAUGCCAUAUAUGGACCCCCAUGCGGCCGAGCGGCACAUGCAGGAGUACGCGCGCCUGCACCAGGAAGAGGCGAAGCGAAGGUUGGAAUUGGAGUUUCAGCGACAGAAAGCCGAGGAGCAGAAAAGGAAAGAAGCAGAGAGGAAGCGGAAGGAAGAGAUCCGCAAGAAGCAGGAGGAGGUUCGCAAGAAGAAGGAGGAAGAGAUGAAGCGGCAGAAGGAGCUUCAGGAGCAACGGAUCAAGGAAGGCAAGGCCGUCUUCAUGGUUCGGAAGGUCAUCCAGAAAGUGGCUGCAGCCACUCCGGAGAACCUCGAAGCGCUUGAGAAGGAGCUGGAGGAGUGCCUGAAAGAGCACCUCGAGGACACCGGAAGCCAGAAGGAUCAUAUGAAGUCGGAGAGCGACAAGUGCCUUGACCAAGCGAAGAAGCGCAUAGAGAUGCUGAACGAGGCGAAGCGCAAGGCGCAGGAAAAGAAGGAGGCCGACGAGAAGAAGCGGCAGGAAAUGGAGCAGCGCGCCAAGGAGCUCCUCAUGGAGCUCAGCCAGCUCCUGGAUACUGCCGAGACCGGGGUGGAGCGCCUCAAAGAGGUCUGCGCUCCCCUGGAGCAGGGGGACACGCAGAGCCAGGAGGAGGUGGACCAAUGUGCCACGGCCGUGGAGGCGGCGGGCACUGAGACCCGGGAACUUGUGAAGAAUUGCAUGGAUUUCCUGGUGAAGAACGGCCCGGAGAUGAAGGAUCCACCCUCUGCCGCAGUUGUGGGCACCUCGGAGAUCAAGCAGCUCAUGGCGAAGUGCCUCUCGCGGAUCAAUGAGUGCACGAAGCUCAGCGAUGCCCUCGUUGCUGCCUCCCGAGCAGUGCAGCUGGCGGUUGCCCGGCGUGCCACGGCGUCGCAAGAGACCUCCAAGCUCAAGGACCUCUUCAACAAGUACGAUGUGGAUGGCGACCAGAUGCUUUCCAAGCAGGAGGUGCUGGCCUUCGCGAAAGCUGAGUUCCAGCUAACGCUCUCCGUCGAAGUUCUGGACAAGCUCUGGCCCCGAAUCGUAGAGGAUCAGAAGGGCGUCCUCUUCGAAAGGCUCCAUGUGCUGAAGUGCAAGCUGGGCAUGCAACGGGAGCUUCUUCGGGACCAGCGGCGAAAGGAGCGACGGGAAGCCCGCGACAAGGUGAGGGCCGUCCUUCGGGAGCAGCUUGACACCAAGGUCCAAAGAGUGGAGCGGGAUGUCGAAGCCGUCGAGGAGGCGGUCGUGAAAGUCGAGAAGUCCUUACCUCCACUCGAAGAAGAGGCCCGGAAGUCGAUGGACGUUCCCGCUCGGACUGCCGGAUGCAAGGCUGUUCUGCAGGAUGCGCGGGACGUGGCCGGUGCUGUGCAGCAGAAGAUCGACGACCUGCCUAGCGGCUUUGAAGAGCGUCACCUGGAAGAUGUAAAGGACCUCCUGAUUCCCGAUCUUCGGGUUCUCUCCAAGAGGAUGGCACGCUUUGACUUGCGGCUGCGGCGCAUCGAGAACCUGUGCCGGCGCUUCGACAGUGAGGUGCUGCAGAGGCAGCGCUCCGAACUCUACGGAGCGCGGCUCUUCGCCGUCAAGGUCGCACGGCUCUAUGCAGCGCAGAGAAGCCGCAACAUGCAGCAACUGUACAGCGAGAUGGAUGCCAGUGGAGAUGGCGUAAUCGAUGCCCAGGAGUUUUCGCUCUUCUUCAUGUCGAUGGAGCGGGGCAUUCUGGAUGAGGCGUCGGCCAAGGAGGUGCUGCCGGAGCCGCCAGUCCCUUCCCUUCCCUCGAAGCCAAAGGCUCCGAGAAAAUCUGUCCUGGAGCCCGUGCAGUUCACAGAUGAGCUUCUCUCUCGACUCUUCAAGAGCCUUCUCGCGCCGGGAAGCAACAAGCUCUCGGAAGAGGCCUUCGCUCAGAUCAUGCGCUGCUACUUCAAGGUGGUCAAGGAGGGUCCCAUCACCUCGGAGCUGCAAGUGACAGGCACCAACAGCCUACGCCAGGCGAAGCCGGACGAGGCGCAGACGAGCGAAAGUUCUUUUGGGGGGGUCAUAAGCCUUAUGGGCUCUUCCAUGUCGGACUCCGUCUCGUCUCGACUUUGA